CUUGGCUUGUAGAUCGCUUAACCGGCGAUCCGCUUGAGCUCCACUUGAUCUGCAUGUCCGCUUGAGGAGCGCCCCUUUUGCCAAACAUCGACGGUCUGGAGAACCGAUGGGUCACGGAUUUGUCUCGCUCUUCAUUCAGUUGGACAACAAAACUCACAUCCCCAGCACCUGGCGUCCCAAACCGACUUCAACCGACCGCGAAACGCCCCCGUUCCUCGGACGGAGCUGCCAAGGACACCUGGAGGGCACUGAAACGGCUCCCGAGCAGCAGCGCCGUGAUGGUGUACCUGGGCGGAUCUCUCCAGAUCUCUUUGGGGGAAGAACAGGUCGAAUUUCAAUAGGCUUCUAAUAGGAAUGGAUCGGGUUUCGAAUUUUUAAAAUCACCACCAAACGAAACCAAACAAGUAGCUCACUUCAAUUGAUCUAGUGAAAGAAGGCAUUUUCUUUCUUGAUUCCUUAUAUUCCCGAAGUUUGCUGGGUUUGGCCUUAUUGAUCCCCGUCUGUACGACAGGUUGGAGUCGGGCACUCAGAAACACACAUAGUCAGACACGGUCUCUGUUUAUAUUAUCCUAUACGACAAGUGGCGUUUUUAAGGACCAAACAUGCUAUAGAAUCCUUGUGUUCCAGCCUACUUAAAACCAUCAACAAAACAGUUAACCGAGAGCAUGUUCCUAGGAAAUGUCUAACCUGUAUUUAUAUCUUUCUGUGAUCUCUCAAGGCCAAAUCGAAGAGAACAUGCUAAAGGUUUUUAAAAACUGAGACUUCUUGAAGAGAAGAGUCUACUUCCAUUUCAGUCUUGUUCCAUAGGAUUUAUUUAUAUGCUUUUUGAGAUUUAUGAAGAUAUACCAUAGAUAACCACUGAUAUCCUUGAGUUCCAGACAAUAGGAAUACCAGCACAGUGAAUGAAACGGUGUGAAUGACAUGGGGAUGACAUUCAUCUUCUGAAUGUUUUUCUGUUGCCUUUGCUUGCAGAAUGCGUAGGACGAGGAUGAAGACGUGGAGAUCAUGAAGGUUGAAUGCAUCCGUGUGACUCUCAUGGCCAAACGAAGAGGACGUCGACGAAAACUUCAUGAGCCGCUGUCACUGCCGAGGAGUUUAUCCUUCAUCCGUUGCCACACGCUUUGCGACGCAAUCCCCGAGCUGUACGAGCUGUGGCCUGGCUCGUGCGAUGGAAUGGAUGAACGUCGGGCGGACGGUUCCUGGCAGAUCGGGCGAUUGAGUCCGAUCUCACACGGUCGUCGGUCACAUGGAAAAUGGGGCCGGGCCUUGGUUGUGUGGAUUGCAGAGAAUGUGAUGAAUGAGGGAGAGGGAGUGUGAAAGAGGUCGAUCGAUUCGUGUGUAUGGAAGUGAUGUUCUCUUGA